ACGUGUAAUUUACUAUGGGACCAGGAAGUGACAGAGGGCAUUUUACAAAGUACUAGUAGAAUGAGUUUGGGGUAUUAGAUGGUUAUAGGUCUUUCAUCAUGAUUCAAGGAUAUACACCUGCGGUACAAGCCUUGCUAGGGACUUUGUUUACAUGGGGACUCACAGCUGCUGGCUCAGCACUGGUCUUCAUAUUCUCUAGUGGACAGAGAAAAAUAUUAGAUGGGAGCCUUGGCUUUGCUGCAGGGGUUAUGUUAGCUGCUUCCUAUUGGUCCCUACUGGCCCCAGCAAUUGAAAUGGCCGAAUCCUCAGGAAAAUAUGGGGCAUUUGCUUUCCUACCUGUAGCAGCUGGAUUUAUACUGGGAGCUGCAUUUGUCUAUUUUGCGGAUCUCCUACUACCUGUAUUUGGUGUCAAGGACCAUUCAUAUGCAGUGUUUCAUUCAAAACCUAUCAAAGCAAAAGAAGAAGACGACCAUCCACUGGUGCAGGAGUAUGAAGAUGAGCUUUCCAUCCGGAUAGGUAGACGUGGAUUUCAAUCAGAAAAAUUGGAGAACGGAGAAGUUUAUCAGAGAAGGAAAGUGGGACAUCAGUCCGCAGUGCCUGAGGAUAUUAAUGUAUCAUCACCUUCCGGUGAGUCGUCUCAAGAUGUUGGAGGGAGCUGGAGGCGUAUUCUGUUGCUGAUCCUUGCUAUAACUAUUCACAAUAUUCCAGAGGGUCUUGCUGUAGGAGUGGGAUUUGGAGCCAUAGGGAAGACAGCCUCUGCCACCUUUGAAAGUGCAAGGAACCUGGCAGUAGGGAUUGGAAUUCAGAAUUUUCCAGAAGGCCUAGCAGUAAGCCUUCCACUAAGGGGAUCUGGAGUUUCCACCUGGAAGGCAUUUUGGUAUGGACAGCUAAGUGGCAUGGUGGAGCCCUUGGCAGGUGUAUUUGGUGCUUUUGCUGUGUCCCUCGCAGAGCCUUUGCUCCCCUAUGCCUUAGCUUUUGCUGCUGGAGCUAUGAUAUAUGUUGUCAUGGAUGACAUCAUACCUGAAGCACAAACCAGUGGCAAUGGGAAGCUAGCUUCCUGGACCUCCAUCCUUGGAUUUGUUGUGAUGAUGUCACUGGACGUUGGGCUAGGCCAGUAGUAACUUCAACAUCCAGAAACCACUAUGGACUGCUGCUGAUAAUACUUGAUAAUGAAGAAUGGGAACAAAAAUGGGACCCAGUUUGUGUUAAUCUUUGAAUAUGGAGUAAUUGUUGGUUAUGUUUGUUGUUUACAGGGGCUAAACUUUGAAUUUGGACAAAUUGUUGGUUAUGUUUGUUGUUUACAGGGGAUAAAUCUUUUGAUCUUUUUCAUGUCUAAUGAGGUUACAACAAUGGGCUUUUUGCACAUUGCACUACAGAACAGAUUUCAAGAUCUGUGUCCCAUAGUUUCAGAGGAAAAUCCUGUAUUUUCUAUAAAGGAUGAAAAUCUCUUUCUGCUGAAACUGAGCAGUUAUGUUCUUUUUAUGACUAGUGAGACCCACCAGCCAAAGUGAUACAGUUUGUUAUAACUGCAGCCCAUGGGUGCUAAAACAUGACAGUGUCAUGGCUGAAAAGGAAGUCACAAUGAAUAGUAACUUUAACAUCUGAGCAACAUAAGCCUUUGUUGUUGGAAUCAGAAUGUCUUAAAAACAAUGGUGAAAUGCCUAGACUGCUUUAAAUCACUGCCUCAGUUGCCUAAACAUGUAAUGAGUUAAUCUUCAAAGGCAAAGUAUUGACAGUCGUGUUUGGGCAGUUUUCUUUUUCAAUGUUAUUGAUUGAAUAAGGCUUGUGUUAAUAAUGCCAUGAUCAUCUGCCUUUCACCUUUUCUUCCACUUGAUAAAUUAAGGAGUUAAGUACAUUUUUGUUAAAUGCUAACCAGGCUAUAUUUAUCUAUCACUAUAUUGUAGAUUUUGUUCGCCACGCACUCUAACUGUAUUACACUACAUACCUUUCGUAACUGAGCUUCCCUAAUGCCUUUGUAAAUGUAGUUAUACCCAUGUUAACUAUCUGGGACGCAGAUUCUGAAAAAAUAUUUUGAAUUCAUAUCUAGGAUUUAGGAGCCAUUAUUGAUGUAGUAAGUUUUUCCAAAAUAAUUAAUUUCAGUUCUCAGUUUCAGUGAUAUGCAAACAGGAAAUGGUUCAGUUUAUACAGAAGAUUGGAUCCAUUCCUAGGGAAUAUGAAAAUUCAUAAAUUCUGAGAACAAAGCUGGAGGAGUUUGGGGCUAAACAUAAAGCAUGUUAUAUAACUGCUGUAAUGGAGUAUUCAAAGGUAUCCAUGCUCACACGAGUACAGAGGCAGACACACACACACACACACACACACACACACACACACACACACACACACACACACACACACACACACAUACAAGGUCUUUAACAGUAAGGAACUUUCAUGUCAUUCAGACACCCUUGCACUGUCUACUUGCAUGUUCCCUUGUCUUCCACAGUAUCAGAGUUAAAUAAAAUGAAAUUAAUAUAGUGCAAGUAGCAGCGGAAAUACAGUUAUAUCAGUAAUUCUUUGCAAAAAGUGGAAGUUUUCUUUUUAUGUUUUUCAUCCUGCCAUCUUUCUUUCCUGCAGACCAUGAAACGUCAGUUUUAAUAAUCAAUACCAGAUAUGAUUAUUUGGGUGGUGUUUUCAUCCAUGUCUUGUAACGGGGGGGGGGGGGGUCAUUCAUUGCAAAACACAUUAUCUUUCAAAAACUAAAAGACUCUGCACAUCAUACUAAAAGUCGCUACCAAAUACCAUCAAAACUAAUUGGCUAUGAUUGCCUGCUAACUUUGUGUUGCCCAUUUCUAUAACAUGCUGGGAUUGCUUGAGCAGGAAUCACUUCAGUUGUUGGCAGAAGACUCCACGAAGAAGCAACUACAUCAGUUUCAAAGAGGUACCACUUACACAUUCAAGGCCAUUCCAAUAUGGUUAGGCAUUUUAAGCAUUUGCAAUGUUUACUGGUUUUGCAUAAUUUUAGGCUAAUAUUUUUGAAAAGAGAUUUAAAUUAAAAACAAUAUUUUAAAAUGUUGAA